AUGGGGGAGUGGACCAUCCUGGAGCGUCUGCUGGAGGCAGCUGUCCAACAGCACUCCACCAUGAUUGGCAGGAUCCUGCUGACGGUGGUGGUGAUUCUCAGGAUCCUGAUCGUGGCCAUCGUCGGGGAGACAGUGUACAAUGAUGAACAGUUCAUGUUUGUUUGUAACACGCUCCAGCCUGGCUGUAACCAGGCGUGCUACGACCAGGCCUUCCCUAUCUCACACAUCAGAUACUGGGUGUUCCAGAUCAUCAUGGUGUGCUGCCCCAGCCUCUGCUUCAUCACCUACUCUGUCCACCAGUCGGCCAAGCAGAGGGAGCUCCGCUACUCCACCGCCUACCUGUCCCUGGACCGAGACCACGACACCAAGAGGGACAACAGCAAGAAGGUCAACAACACCAUCGUGAAUGGAGUCCUGCAGAACACUGAGAACUCCAACAAGGAGGCGGAGCCCGACUGCCUGGAAGUCAAGGACAUCCCCAACCCCCCUCCGAGGACUGCCAAGUCGAAAAUGAGACGGCAGGAGGGUAUCUCCCGGUUCUACAUUAUCCAGGUGGUGUUCAGGAAUGCCCUGGAAAUUGGUUUCCUCGUGGGUCAGUACUUUCUUUACGGGUUUAGAGUGCCUCCAGUGUACGAGUGCGAUCGAUACCCAUGCAUCAAAGAUGUGGAGUGUUACGUGUCCCGACCAACGGAGAAGACCGUCUUCCUGGUCUUUAUGUUUGCCGUCAGCGGGAUCUGUGUGGUCCUCAACCUGGCUGAGCUCAACCACCUGGGCUGGAGGAAGAUCAAGACCGCUGUGAGGGGUGUACAGGCCCGCAGGAAGUCCAUCUAUGAGAUCCGGAACAAAGACCUGCCGAGAAUGAGCAUGCCCAGCUUUGCACGCACUCAGUCUGGCGACUCAGCCUACGUGUGA